CAAUAAUCUUGCAAUGGCCGCCAAGGUCGCCGACGCCGCAGACAAACAAUCGCCAUUUUUAACAACAGUCCACAUUUUCCCCUUGACCGAAAUGCGUCGAUAAGGGGCUGUUUUCCACCCACAACACAUAUUAAAUCUAGUGCAUCUUGUGUAUGUGAUGUUUGAUUGACUAAUAGACGCGUAAACGCAAGCGUUCGUUCAAAAUGACGCAAUUCUUGCCGCAUAAUUUGUUGGCGUUAUUUGCCCCACGCGACCCUAUUCCAUUUCUACCACCUGCGAGCAAGUUACCCCACGAGAAGAAAAAUCGUGGAUAUGGUGGCGUCGGUGAUUUUUUAGACCAAUUUGAAGAUCCAAAAGAUACUCCACCACCUACAAGAGUUGAAACAAGAGAAGAACGCGUCGAGCGACGCAGAAGAGAACGUGCCGAGCAAGUUGCUUACAAGUUGGAACAGGAGAUAGCAGUUUGGGAUCCUACUGGGGCUACAAAUGUCACUUCAGAUCCAUUCAAAACCUUAUUUGUUGCAAGAAUUAAUUAUGAUACAUCUGAAUCAAAACUGAGGAGAGAGUUUGAAGGCUAUGGACCAAUCAAAAAGAUCCUCCUCAUCCACAACACCGUCAAUGGCAAACCGCGAGGAUACGCGUUCAUUGAAUAUGAACACGAGCGCGACAUGCACUCUGCGUACAAACAUGCGGAUGGUAAGAAAAUUGACGGGCGGCGAGUACUCGUUGAUGUUGAGCGGGCUCGCACAGUCAAGGGAUGGCUUCCAAGGCGGUUAGGUGGUGGUUUGGGUGGUACGAGACGUGGUGGUCCCGACGUGAACAUUAAACAUUCUGGCCGCGAAGAUAACGAACGCGAGCGUGAGCGUUAUCGCCUGGAACGGGAGCGCGAGGAACGCGGUGGAGGCGGCGGCGGCGGCGGUGGUGGUGGUGGUGGCCGUGAACGCGAUCGCGAACGUGGGGGAGGUUAUGGUAAUGCCGGCGGUGGCGGAGGAGGAGGCGGUGCGGGCGCAGGUGGUGGCGGCGGUGGUAAUUUCGAUCGGCGCCGGUCACGAUCCCGCGAACGCAGGAAACGUUCACGGUCCAGAUCGCCACGGCGUGAGAAACGCCGCCGAAGCCGCGAGCGACGCGCUGCUGAACCGGAUGUCGAGGAUGUUGAUAGACGGUCAAGGGAUAGGAUAGAGAUCGGUAAUGAUCGUGAUAGGGAACGUAAACGCAGAAGGUCAAAGUCUCGCGAUCGGGACCGUGACAGGGAGCGUAAACGCGAACGCCGGGAGCGGCGCGAGCGUGAGCGUGGUGAACGCGGCGAGCGGUUAGAAUAUAUUAAGACAGACGAGGGUGGUGAAAUCCGCGUCAAGGAGGAACCCGUCGACGAUUAUCCAGACUAUCAACAAUAUCAACAACAAUACGAGUCGAAUGUUAAAUAUGAAGACGAGGAUGAGCGUAAGUGACCCGACACAGCGAACGGAAGCAGCACGCGACGUUUCGCCGCCGAGGAUGACGAAUACGAGGAGGGAGAGGCUUACUAAGCGACAAAAAAAACCUAGAUUUACGUUAAGUUGCCACUGUAGCGCGUCGACUAGCGAUUAGAUAAAGUAAUUAUGAUAUGGUAAAGCAUGCGUGCGAAGCUCGUGCGCAAAAAGCAUCGCAAAUCACGACGACACUCCCGACGCUUUCUCCACACGCAUUUUGCAUUUGAAUAUUCCGUAUCACAACGCUCUCGAAAUCGUCGAGUCACUUAUUCGCGUUGAGUCCAAAGGCGCGGGAGUGUCGUGGGGUAAUCUUACGUUGCACAAAACACUGAAUGACGUGAUGGUUAUUUUAUUUGAUUUAUUUCAAGUGUGUGUGGAGAGUGUAUAACUGUGUAACAAACAAGUUUCUGUUUAUCUAGCAUAUAUAACGUGACCUUAAAUUUUAAGUUUGGUUCAGACUCGUGUAGGAAAUAAAGUGCACUCGAUUUUCGAUCCUGAACGAACGCGUUUGCUCUUGGUUGUGCGAUGUGCAUCCUAUUUGUUUACACCGAUCCCGAUCCUGCCCAAGAUGGUUACCGACUCAUCGUUGCGUCGAACCGCGAUGAGUAUUAUGUCCGACCGGCGAAGAAAGCGUUUAAAUGCGAGACGACAGGCGUGAUUGCUGGAAGAGAUAUGGAAGUUGGGCGAGAAGGCGGUAGCUGGCUUGGCAUGUCAACUUAUCCCACAGAUGCCUAUAAAUAUCGAUUCGGUGCGCUGUUGAACGUUACGGGGGAAUCGAAAGAAUCGCACAAAGGACGCGGAUUUAUUGUCAUUGAUUACCUGGAGGGAACAAUGCCCAUCGAGGAUUAUCAGCAGUAUUUGCACAAGGAUGAUGUAGAUUAUCACAGUUAUAAUUUUGUUAGCAUCGAUUUGGGUAAAGAAAUCACAAUUCGUCAUACGACUAACGCGGAGAAUGAAAUCGAUUCGUCAUUUGAUGGAACAGGAAAACAAGUGCUUGCUUUCGGUAAUAGCACCGUAACGACGCCAUUACAAAAAGUUUUAGCUGGUAGAACGCAAUUCGAAAGCAUUGUGAACAAAUUAAAUAGUAAAAAGCUUAGUGGACAACUCACAUAUCAACUUAUAGAGUUACUAAAGUUAACUGAAAGACAUCUACCAGAUCCAGAAUUACAAAGGAGAGCACCGAAAUCCUACAAAGAACUGUCAUCUAUUUACGUAGAAAUGGUUCAACCCGGCUAUGGUACCAGAACGCACACGGUAAUAUUGGUAGAUCAUGACUGGAAUUUGCAAUUUAAAGAAGUCACGAUGAAGGAACCAAUCAACGCGGAGCAACCGGAAUGGGAAGAUACUAACAUAACUGAUUAAGUAAAUUAAUAUUCUAGUCAUCUUAUUUUAACUUAAACACUAUAGCAUAAGAAAAGACAUGAGUUUAUGUACCUUCUAUACUUUAAUGUAAUAUUAUAUACGUACUGCUCUAA